ACUCCGUUGUUAAACUUGGAUCUUUCAGUCUUCAAUAAUCUUCAACAGGGUUGUCCUUUAGGAGAGCCACGUACCUCUUCUCUCCUUCAUAACCUGUUUCCUUCAAUAUCCAGACUCCAGUCAUGCUUAUAGUAAAAUAAAUCAAAAUUUUCAACACAAUACCACUUUUGCCUUUUAUUACAUACUAAUGGCAACAACGUACCACGCUGAAUCGGUAUGGGGGGUGCGCUUGGGCUCGGCGCUAAGGACAAUUCUAGCGUGCACCAUCGUAGGCUGCUCGACGCUUUAUGGCCCCGAACCUCUCAGGCGCGUAUCGUCAUUUCCAGCUUUUUCUUAUGUGACAACAAUAUUGAUUGUGUCGGAUGCUACACUUGGUGACACUCUCAAAGGAUGCUGGAAUGCGUUGCUCGCCACCGUGCAAGUUAUGAUUCUUUCAAUAUUGUGCUUGCAGCUGAUUGGACCUGGGAGGUUCAACAAUGGCCUGGCGGCAGCAGUGGCGGCGGUUACUGCCUUCAUGGUUGCGUUGCCGGAGUCCACUCAUUUGAUGGCGAAGCGGAUUGCAUUCGGGCAGAUUGUGAUUGUUUGUGUAGGUACAGUUAUUCAUGGGGCAGAAACUGGAGUUGUGAUGCACCCUAUUCAUGUGGCAUCGAGUACUGCUCUUGGAGCCUUUGCAUCUGUUUUGGCGAUGAUGGUUCCUUAUCCCAACCUAGCUUACUAUGAGAUUAAGAAAACAUGCAGAUUAUAUGCUGAAAAUGCCUCAGAGAGGUUGAAUCUCUUGGUCAAGGCGUUCUGUGCAAACGAUAACACAGCGGCAUUCGACUUCAUUUUAGAAGCCAAAUCUCUCUUCAUUGCAGGGGCCAAACUGCUUUUGAGUAUCAAACAAAAACAGGAUGCCAUGUUGUGGGAGAGACCUCAAUUCAGGUUCUUCAAACCCGACUGCUUAAGCCCAAGUGAAAAAUUGCAAGAACUGGAAAUAUCAAUUAGAGGAAUGGAACUGUCCCUUAAUUCUUGCCGUUCCUUGCCUGUUGGCAUGAUUGAUGAAGAGCUAAGAGAUGUUUUAGAAACUUCGAAAGCACGAGUUGGCCUUAAACUAGAACAAGCUAAAUGUUAUGCGUCCUUUGAUGCAACAACAGUUCCAGAGAUCAAGAAUGAAUGCACAGACAAAUCCCUGUCGACACUCGCAACCAUUUCCUCAACCGAAGAUGCUCCAGCUUCCUUCUUCUUUUACUGUAUGGAACUUCUUCAAGCUGGUUUUCCCAUUUCUAGAAAUUCUGAGUGCGUUGUCAAGGAAAAAAAGAAAACUAAAAUGGAAGAAUUGAGUAGUUCGCAGAGUCAAGGAAAAAGUAUGAAUUUACUCGAAAGGGGUCUGCUCAUAUUACCAAGUAGUGAAAGCUUCAUUUUUGCUCUUAAGUGCUCGAUUUCUCUUGGUCUUGCUGUGCUCUUCGGUUUGAUUUAUAACAGAGAGAAUGGUUACUGGUCAGGACUGACGAUUGCAAUCAGUUUUGCAAGAAACCGUCAAGCAACAUUUACAGUUGCGAAUGCUCGAGCACAAGGGACAGCUAUGGGGUCAGUCUACGGAAUCUUGUGUUGCUUUAUGUUCAAAAAAUUUGAGAAUUUGAGGUUCUUACUGCUGCUCCCAUGGAUCAUUUUCACAAGUUUCUUAAGGCACAGCCGAAUGUAUGGUGAAGCUGGUAGUAUUUCAGCUGUUAUAGGAGCAUUAUUGAUUUUGGGUAGAAAAAAUUAUGGCACCCCAACUGAGUUUGCAAUUACUCGAAUCACAGAAGCCACUAUCGGAUUGAUCUGUUUCAUCAUGGUUGAGAUCCUCUGUCAGCCCGCCAGGGCAGCAACUCUCGCGAGAAUUCAACUUGCACAGAGCUUGGAGGCGCUUGAAGAAGGCAUUAAGGACAUAACUCUUUGUGCUGACCAAAAGAAGUCAACUAAGUCAAGAGCACUGGGAGACAAACAGAAUAAACUGAAAUCACAUGCUCUGAAAUUAGAGAACUUCAUUGCAGAAGCCGAGAAGGAGCCUAACUUCUGGUUCUUGCCUUUUAAUGCUACUUGCUACCGGAAGCUCUUGGGAUCUUUAUCAACGAUGGCAGACCUCUUACUCUUCGUCGCUUACAAAAUUGAAUCGCUCUCUCAAGCAUCGGAGAGGCAUGGGGUUGCCUGGGAGGAGUUCCAUGAACAAAUAAACGAAGAACUGGAGCUUUUCAAGGAAAAAGUUGGGUAUUCAAUGAAAUGCUUUGAGAAGGUGAUCUCAAUCAAGUCCCUCGCAGUACUUGAGAAAGAGCUACAAAAGAGAAACAUAUCUUACGACGUUGAGUUGGGAAGAUUACCAAAUGAGGAUGUGCAUAGGAGUGUGAGUCCUAAUGAAGAAGAUGUCCUGGAGAUUUUAAGCUUCUUUCUUCAACUUUCGAAUGAAGUUGCUAACAAAAUCAACACUGACGAAGGAGAUGAAAAGCUUAAGAGCCAAAUAGUUGUUUGUCUGAAUGGCCUUGGGUUCUGCAUCAGUAGUCUGACGAGGGAAACGAUAGAACUGGAGAAAGAACUCAAAGAACUGCUAAAAUGGGAGAAUCCGACUAGGAAUAUUAAUUUGUAUGAAAUUUCCUGUAAGCUUAAUGCUCUGUACAAAAAGUAAUCUUGAUACAUUGUCUCCCAAGUGACAUAGGUGAGAUCAAUGAGAACCAUUAUUUAACCUUAAAACAGAUGAGGUCUAAUUUAUAAAA